CAUUUAAUUUAACACAAAAUAGUACAAUAAUUUAUAAAUCAAACGACAAGUAUAUAAUUCCAUACCAAAAAGAUAAAAACUUUUCCCUAUGUAUUCCUACUCCUAACCCAAAAAGCAUUUCUUAUAUGAGAAGAUGCCAACAUACAUAAAAAGAAGAUGACACCACCAUUUCUAUUCAUCAUCAUUCACUAAAUAAACCCCAUCAAAACCCACUAAUUCCCCCCCCAUAAAAACCUCCUUUCAUCUUUCUCUAUUCACUCUCAACCAACUUCAUUUCCUCUCUGCUCUUGCUCAUUAAAAAAAAUAUCAUCCUAUUUUCCUUAUCUGUAGAGAUUCUCUUAAAAUUUGAUCGACUAAUAAAAAAAAACUAAAAUGAAACAAUCAGGUGUAACAAAAAAGUUUGAGGGCACAUUUGAAGCACAUCAACGUCUACCAAACCAACACCAACAUCAUUAUAUUACACCACCACCCGCGGGAUGGAAGUCUCCGGUACCAUAUCUAUUCGGCGGCCUUGCGGCAAUGCUCGGAUUGAUUGCUUUUGCUUUACUAAUCCUCGCUUGCUCUUAUUGGAAACUUUCCGGUUACCAAAACUCCGACGCCGGAGAAAAUUCCGACGAGUCCACCGGUGAUGAGAAACCCAAAGAAGCUGCUUCGGCGACAGCGUAUUUGAAUAGUAUACUUGUUAUAAUGGCGGGUGAAGAGAAGCCUACUUUUUUGGCAACUCCGGCGACGAGUCGAGCUUCCUCUUUUGGAAACUCUGAGAGUAGUGAAGGUUCUUGUAGUGUUAGUAGUAGUGAAGGGGAAGAGAAAGAAGAGGAAAUUGAGCAUGAAACGACAACGUUGGAUGAUGACGAAAAAAGAUGAUGAUGAAUGAUAAUAUGAGUGUGUAUGUUGGUGGAAAUGGUGGUGGUGGGGAUCAAUAUUUUUCUCAAUUAUUGUGAUCAGGUAUGUCAUGGGAUUUGUAUGUGGGGCCCAUGAGAAGUUUAUUUUUUCUUCUUUUUGGAAAAAAAGAAAUGGAAAUUUUUUUGGGUUUUAAUUGUUUUAAAACCUAGCUUAAUUUGGGGUGAUAAUUAGGUAAAUUGUAUGCUACCUUUUAUGUUUAGUUGCUUUUUAAUUUGUAAGUGAUAGGCAUUAAUAUUGAUAAUUGAAUUAUUACAUUGCUAUGGGAAUCAAUUAGUUUCUGGA